AAGGCAAAAAAAAAUGAUGAAAGGACUUACCCUAUCAGAUACCAAGACUAUCAUAGGGCUGUAAUAAAUAAGCAAUGUGGUAUUGGUUCACAGAUAGAUAAAAACAGAUAAAUCAGAGAAACUUAUUCUUAGCAAUCUUCUUAAAAUAUUCAUUUUGUGCUCAUGUGGAUAGAAUUCUAUAAGCACUGCAGUCACAGAGGUGACUAACAGUGCCACAGUCACUGCCCUCCAAGCUCUUAGAGGGCAAAGCACAGUAAACUCCAGUUGUUGCUUUCAGGGAAGAGUCUGAGUGUCUCAUAUGUGUUUAGAGGUGUUUUAAGGAUCUGGCCUUUGCCUGUUUGUCCAGCCACAUCUGUAGAUUCUAAGCUUCAGUCUAGCUCAGUUUCUGGUGUCUCUUACCUCCGUAUGAAUGCAAGUCUGUACCCAAACCCUGACCACUGACCCUCAGCCAGUUCCACUCACAAAGACUAAAGCUUACUCCACCCUGACAUUGACCCUCACCUUGACCAUAAACCUUACACUUAACCUGACCCUAUCACCCUGACCCUGACAUAGACACUGACUCUCACCCUCAAUUCUUUGCCAGCCCCUUCCCCACCCAUGCCUGGCUUUGAUCUUGGCAUUGACUCUGACCCUCACCCAAACUCUGACCCCGUUUGACUUAGAACUAAACCUUGUCCAUGAACUUGGCUCUCAUCUUCACCUUAACCCUGACUCUCUAAUUGACAUUCCUCUUACCUUGAUGCUCAUUAUGAUCCUGAUCGUUAACAUGUCCCUCACACUUGCCCUGAACUUGACUUACCUUUGACAAUGACAGCUUCUCUCACACUGAUUGUGAAUACUGUGAUAAAUGAGAUACUCACCACCUUCAAUCUGAUUCUGACCCUCAACUUCACUCUGCCCCUAGACUGAAUCCUCACCUUGACAAGGACCAUCAUACUGACCCACCCUGCCCUUGAACUUGUGCCUUGAUGCUGAACUACACUGUACACUCAACCUGAAACUAGUCUGCACCCCAAGCCUGACCAUGAUCCUGAUCCUGACACUCAUCUUGACGUAGACCUCCAUUUCACCCUGACCUGGGUCCUCAUCCUAAUGCUGAGCCUCACACAGAACAUGGACUCACACUUGGCUGUCACCGUUGACACCCUAAUCCCAUCAUGACCUUGAACCUGAUCUAGACCCUGACCCUGAAAUUGAACUUCACACUGACACUGACUUUCAUUAUUAUGAUGACUCAUCCUCAGCCUGAUCGUCACCUUCAUCUUGACCCAGCCUCACUUUGAAACUUAACCUUGAACUUGAUUUUGACUAUAAACCAAACUCUGACCCUCUGUGGUAAGCAGAAUAAUGUGCCCCCCCCAAAGAUGCCCAUGUCCUAACCUGUGAAUACGUUGCCUUACACACAAAAGGGACUUUGCAAAUGUGAUUUAAGGGUACAGACUUUGAGAUGGAAAGAGUAUCCUGGAUUAUGCAGAUUGGGCCAAUGUAAUGGGGUUGGGGGGAGGGAGAGUUGGAGGAGGAGGACUUAAUUCCUUCCAGCAGCAAUAGAAAGGGAACCCACCUUGACUUUUAAUUGACCUUGACCUUCACAAUGAACAUCAUGCUCAUCCUGACCCUGACAUUACCUCACAUUGAUCUUGACCCUGAACCUGGCACUGACUCUAAUCUUGAACAUCAACCUCACCCUCACCUUGACCCUGAAUCCUACACGGAACUGGACAUCCACUGUCAACUUGAAUCCAACUUUCAAUCUUACUUUCACCCUGACAAUAACCGUCAUCCUAAUCCUGACAUUCAUCCUCUCACUGAUCCUCUCUAAUGGAGCCUCAACCUGAUCCUAACCUUGGCUCUCACACUGAUCUUGAACCGAACCCUGGAUCUAAAAUUUCCCUUAUACUGACCUUGUCCUUGAACCUGAUUCUGACACCAUGACCCUGACCAUUCUCUUAUCUUGAUCCUUAACCUGACAUAGAAUUUUACCUUGAAUUGGACACUCACCCUCACUCUGAUUCUGAUCUUAAUCACUCUGUCCCUGAUCUUACCCUCAUCCUGACUGUGACCCUGGCUGCUGUGACAUUGAGCUUGAUCGUGACCUUCACCCUUACACUAACUCUGAUCUGAUCUUGGCCAGGGCCACGACCAAAACCAGGGUCGGGGCUAAGGCUAGGUAGGGUGAGAGCCUGGGCAGGAGCCAUGAUGAGGGAGGUAUCAGGUUAGGGCCAGGGCUUGGGCAAAGGCCAGUGCCAGUGUAAGACGGAGGCUGAGGGUCAUUCUGAAUGUGAUUGUGAAGGCCAGGGUCGGGGCUAGGGCAAAGCUCAGGAUGAAGGUGUGUACUAGGGUGAGUCAGGGUCAGGUGAGGGUAGGAACAGGAGUAUGGUAGAUGUCAGAUGCUAAUGAAGUCAAGGGUGAUGAUUAGGGCGAGGUUGAGGAAGAGGGUCAAGGUCUGGAUAAGGGCCGCCACCAGGGCAAGGGCUCGGAAGGUGCUGGGUUCAGGGGCACCACAAGGUCCCGCGUGAGGGUCAGGGCGAAGGUCAGAACGAGGAUGAAUGUCAGUAUAAGGGGGUGGGCAAGGGUCUCAGCGAAUGUCAGGACAAGGGCAGAAGCCAGUCUGAGGCCAAGUAGAAGUGGGGCUGGUGAGCGGAUUAGUAGAAGUGGGUGUUCCGAAAGGAAGCGCGGAGGCUGGGCGAGGAUUAAGCGAGCGGGCGGGGCUCGGCCUGCGGGGGCGGAAGCGCAGCAAAGGUGUAGCCCGACCCAGGCAGCCAUGGGGGCGGGCGCUGUGGAGCCGCAGAUGGGUUUGCACGAGCUGCUGCAUGUGUUUUUGGAGGCCCGAGACAUGCUCUGCGUCGCCCAGGUGGACAGGGUCUGGAAUGAGGCUUCAAGGACCAAGGAACUGUGGAGGCAGCUGUGUCUGAGACGCUGGUCCUCCUGUAAAGCCUCCCAGAUGACCCUGGGCACACAGACAUGGAAACAGUACUAUCUCUGCUGAUCCAAGCUGGAGUUCCAAAUGGAAUCUGGGUGGCCAGAGAAGGACUUUAUCUGCAAAGCCAUUGCUGGGCACAAAGGACAGAUAGAUGAGCUGGCCUACAUCUCAACCAAAGAGUACUGGUUUGAUGGGCGGGAGAAGUCCAUGGUGUGCGCCGUGUCGUCAGAUGGCACCGUGUGUGCCUGGGAUCUGCAAGAGGUGAGCUCUCUGUCGAGCCCUCUACAGCCUGCAGCUUUGGUGAAUUUGGUGACUUACCCUCGGCUGCAACUGGCUGUCACCGUGGAUGAGCGGGGACUGAUCAAAGUAUGGAAAGCAGAGAACGGGUGUAAGCAAGCCUCCUGCCUGCCUACAUACUCGUCUUCAUUGGAGGCCUGUGACUUUCCGGAAGGCCCCCGCCUGCUGAUUAUCCAGGUGGGCCCGAAAUCUAAUGACAAGUGUCCUUAUAAUAAGAGGAGAAGACACCGACAGAAAGGAGGAGAAAGACCAUGUGAAAAUGGAGGCAGAGAUUGGAGUGAGCAGCCACAAGCCAAGGAAUGCCAACAGCCAUUCGCUGAAGUUGGAAAUUGCAAGGAAAGGAAUCUUUUCUAGAGUCUCUGGAGAGAUCAUGGCCCUGCAAACACCUUGAUUUUGGACUUCUGGCCUCCAAAACUGUGAGAAAAUAAAUUUCUGCUCUUUUAAGCCAAAAAAGAAAGAAAGAAUGGCUGAUAACUUCCCAAUCUGGACAUACAAGUUCAUGAAGCUAAUAGGUCAACACCAAAUAUCAACCCAAAAUGAUCUUCUCAAAGACAGACUAUUAAAAAACUGUGUAAAAUCAAAGACAAAGAGAGAAUUUUUAAAACUGUCAAGAGAAAAACAAACCCUCACAUAAUAAAGGAACCCCCAGUAAGUCUAUCAGUGGAUACUCAGUGGAAACCUUGCAAGCGAGGAGAGAGUGGGAUGAAAAAUUCAAAGCGCAGAAAGAGAAACACUGCCAAAGAAGUUUACCCAGCAAAGCUAUCUUUCAAAAAUAAAGAAGAGAUGUUUGUUCUCAAACAAAAGCUGAGGGAGCUAUUCUACACUAGACCUGCCUCACAAAAAAUGCUGAUAGGAUUUCUUCAAGCUGAAAGGAAAUGAUGGUAAUUACUAACAUGAGAACGUAUGAAAAUAUAAAACAUUCUGGGUAAAGGUAUGUAUAUAGACAAAUUCAGAAUAUUGUAAUACUGUAAUACAGUGUUGUGUUAAUCACUUUAGUAUAAAGGUUAAAGGAUAAAAUUAUUAAAAAUGACAAUAAUAAUAAUUUGUAAAAAUAUACAAUAUACAAAGAGGUAAAAUUUGCCAUCAAAAACAUAAAAUGUGGGGUGGGGGAGUAAAAGGGUAGCAUUUUUGUAUGCAAUUGAAGUUAAGUUGUCAUCAACUUAAAAUAAACUGUUACAUCUAUGUUUUAUGUAAGGUUCAUGGUAACCACAUAGCAAAAACCUACAAUAGAUACAUAACAGUUAAAGAGAAAAGAAUCAAAGCUUACAUUACAGAAAAGCAUAAAUUCACAAAGAAAGCAAGAGAGGAAGAAAGAACAAUGGAACUACAAGAGUCAGAAAAAUAUUAAUAAGAUGGCAUUAGU